AUGAUUGAGUGGUUGGCAUUAUUGAAAGGAAUUAGGGGCACUUGGGGCUAUUGGGAUAGCUUAGUUAUUUAUGUGAUCAAUGCGAUUCCUCAAUAUUGUGGUAUUAUUGUCGAUUAUUUUCUUUUCAUUACGGCUAUUCCAUUCGAUUUGCUGGUGAUUGGCCCGAUUUCCCCUAAGGAACAACCACAUCAAGAUGAAGCACUGGAACCGGAGCAAUUCCGAAAGAUCUUCGUUGGCGGUCUCUCUUCGGAUACGACCGAUGAGUCGUUACGGGAAUUCUACUCGAAAUGGGGUGAACUGAUCGAUUGCAUUGUCAUGAAAGACCCGACCACGAAACGUACCCGUGGUUUCGGUUUCGUCAGUUACGCGAAACAAUCGAUGGUUGACGAAGCAAUGGCGAAUCGACCACACGUAAUUGAUGGUAAAACGGUUGAUCCGAAACGUGCCGUGCCCCGAGAUCAAUCGUUGAGAACUGAGGCGAAUUUCUCAUCGAAACGGUUGUACGUCUCGGGCAUUCGUGAGGAACACACCGAGGAAAUGCUACAAGAGUUUUUCUCCCAAUUCGGUUCUGUUCUCAAGGCAGAGAUCAUCAACGACAAGAAUACGGGUAAACCGAGAGGCUUUGCGUUCAUCACUUUUGAUGACUACGAUCCGGUGGAUAAAUGCGUUCUCAUCAAAAGUCAUCAGAUCAACAAUUUCAGAUGUGAUGUCAAAAAAGCGUUGAGCAAAGAGGAAAUGGCCAAAGUGUAAAUUUGUGUUGGAUGUAAAAUUUGUGUAAAGAUUCAACAACGUGAUCGUGAUCGAAUGGAUAGAAUGGCUCGUUCUCGUGGUCCGAUGCGGAAUGGCUUCGAUCGAGGCUAUGGUCCUCCGCCGCCAUACGGCGGUGGUUACGGAGGUGGUUGGGGUGGCGGACCAUCCGGUCCAUCCGGUCAACAGUGGGGUGGUGGUGCUGGCGGUCGACAGUCGUAUUAUGGUGGAGGAGGUUAUGGGGGUGGUGGAUAUGGCGGAGGAUAUGGUUCACAA